AUGUUCAAAUCUUCAACUAUCUUUGCUGUCUUUGCCAUUAUUCUUUGUGCUGCUGUAUUUACCAACGCUGCAAUUACAAGCGUAAUCCAAGAUGGAAAGAAAUUAACAAUUAAUUAUUCGCCAAUGACAAUGAUUUGGUUCCAGAAUGAACUCUACAACAAUGGAUUGACUACAGAUAUUGCACCAUAUUGCAUUGCCAAGUAUGGAUGGGCUCCAUUGGUAUGUAACUUGCCAACUGUCCCAGCUUGUGAUACUAUCCGUCUCUAUGGUGCUACUGGUGUUGGUGGCUCAAACAUUGAAAUGCAAUAUGCCUUUAAUUGUACUAUCGUUGCUUAA